AGCGGGGUUGCCUUCAGGUGUUGAGAUUCCAACUAAACAUCAGGAACACCUUUCUGAUGACGAGAGCUGUUUGACAGUGGAAAAGGCUCCUUUCUUCCUUGGAGGUUUUUAAGCAGAGGUGGGAUGGCUGUCUGUCCUGGAUGCUUUAGUUCAGAUUCCUGCAUUGCAGGGGGUUGAUGACUCUCAGGUUCCCUCCCAACUCUACAGUUCUGUGAUUCCUACGAGAGGUGGGAUUGUGCUAAGUGGCAUACGCAAAUACAGCCAUACCUCAGGUUGAAGUAGCUUCGGGAUAAGUGUUUUCGGGUUGCGCACUGCGGUGACCCGGAAGUAACAGAGCACUUUACUUCCGGGUCUCGCCGCUCGCGCAUGUGCAGACGGUAAAAAUGACGUCACGCAGAUGCGAGUUGCGUUCACUUCUGGAUGCGUACGGGGCUCCGGAACCUGUAACCUGUACAGUGGUACCUCCGUUUACGAACUUAAUUUGUUGCAGAGGUCCAUUCUUAACCCAAAACCGUUCUUAACCUGAGGUGCGCUUUCGCUAAUAGGGCCUCCCACUGCUGCGCGACUUCCGCUCACAUCCCAGGGCAAAGUUUGCUACCCAGAACACCUACUUCCGGGUUAGCAGAGCUCGUUACUGGAAGCGUUCAUAAGGCAACGGUACGUAACCCGAGGUUCCACUGUACACAAGACUUCAGGUGCUGCCAAUGGGCCUCCACUGCACCUGAUAACACACACACACACACACACACACACACACCACCUUUAAUGUAGCUGCAUCCCCCCCCCCUCCUGCCACCACCAUGGAAUCAACAGCCCAACCCACCUUCCCUGCUGGGCUGCCAAUGUGGCGUCUAACCUUCGGAAGGGCAGUGGUGCCACUUUAGAAUAGGACUGACCUUGAUUGCCAUCUGUGGUGGCCACCAUCUUUGGAUCGCAUAGAUCAUUGUGUUCUGGGUAAAUUAAGAUGGUGGGCAGCCACCAUAGAUGGGACCUAACCAUGGCUUCCAAUAAAAAGCAGCAGUGCCAUCCACUGGGGAGGGGGGUAUCAGUGAGGACAGUGAGUGGUGGCAUAGCUGAGUUGAGCUGCAGUGAGGUCCUCAGCUAGUGUGCCAGGGCUGCAUGUAAUUAACAUCAUGUGGAGAAAAAGUAAGGCUGCAUACACUAGUUCUAUUCAGUGGUCCCUGCUUAGGAGAUAUGCACCUAAUUCGUAGACAGUGUGGGGGCAAGCCUGGCACACAUGCUGCAAUGACAGGGCUAGCACACAUGGCUCUGCUCUUUCUUCAUGUACUGUUGAUUGCAUGGAGAAUAUCAUGGCUAAAUAGAAUUCAGUGAAGAAUGCGAGUUGGAAUCAGAGUCUAUAUUGUGGCUGGAAUAGGUUGGGAGGGGCAGUCAACUGGGCUCUCUAUUGAUGUAAGAGGAAGUGGAAUAAUGUGCUGUACUCCUUUUUUCGGGAGUAAAGUUACAUUGAUGGCAAUGGUGGAAACAAUGGCUGAGUGAGUGUAGGAUUUGGACUAAGCCACCUGCCCAGCUUCCACACUUCACCCAUUACAGGCUCUUUCCGUGAUCACUCCUGACGUUUCUGCAUUCAGCGUAAAGGCCUGAAUAAAAUUUCAAAGCAUGUUCAGCUGAGUGCAUUCUCCCAUCAGAUCUUCACAUGGAAUGCUUGAUAGGACAUGAUUCUACUUUUAGAGCACAAGUGGUGAGCCUCGUGCCAAAUUUGUCCCUACAGGGUUCUCUGUUUGGCCCCCAGGACUCUCCACAGGCCACACCCCUCACCAGGCCUGCUCAAUGCCCUCCUUGAGUGUUUUGCCCUGCUAGAAUGUGCCCUUGAACUCUGACAUUGUAGAAGAGAGAGGAAAGCAUGAGUAUAUGGAGAAACUAGCCUUCUGGUUAGUUGCUCUGCUCACUUUUGCCUCAGACUUCACCCCCCACUGGCCUGUGGCCCCAGAAGACUGCUCAGAAUAGACAGCAGCCCUUGAGCUGAAAUAAGGUUCCCUAACCCUGUGCCAGGCAUAGAGUGGGGCGCCAAAGAUCCAUGUUAAAACAGCUACUGCAACAAAUAGACACAUCUGUCAGCAGAUCUCUCAAAUUAAAGCAGCAGUACUGACAAGUUUUACAUAUAGUACAACUGUAGUUAGGUUUCACACUUUAUUUUGAUGUGAGAUAAGAAGAUUCCUAGUUGCAAAGUACUCAAUUCAUUAGUCCACAUGUUUGAAACUCAGUCUAGAGAAGUUAUGGAAAAUAUUCUUAUUGGGCAAAGAUACCAGAAGGGCUUGUUUGUGCUCAUUCCUUAGCUGUGUGCUUGUGAUAUACAAGAAUAUACCCAUGGCAUUGCUACUCUAACUCUGUGACGUUUAUUUAUUAACACAGUGACGUUUAUACCAUGAGAUCAGGGUACUCAUUUGAAAGCCAAUCUAAUUAAAGCACUUGAGGAUAGCAAGGUGACAGAAUGAAUGUCUCUAGAUGCAUUUGAGCCUCUGAGGGAGUUUGGGGGUUGUACCAUGGCAGAGUCUUCAGAUGCUCCCUCACUUCUGCCUGCAGUAAGGAAGAAGAAAAGCUUAACAAUCAAGGACAAAAUUAGUAUAAUAGCUGCAAUAGAAAGUGGCAAGAAGAAGACAGACAUUGCAGAAAGAUACGGUAUAAAGAAAAACUCCUUGUCCUCCAUCAUGAAGAACAAAGAGAAAGUUUUAGAAGCCUUUGAAUCGUGGCAAUUUGACCCUAAAAGAAAAAGGUUAAGGACUGCAUUUCAUACAGAUCUGGAAGUGGCACUGGUGAAGUGGUACAGAAUGGCUCAGUGUUCAAAUAUACCAGUGAAUGGGCCGAUGCUACGCUUCCAGGCUAAUGAUUUUGCACAGAAACUUGGACAUAACGAUUUUAAAUGCAGCAAUGGCUGGCUAGAUCGUUUUAAAGCAAGGUAUGGACUGGCAUUCAGAUCUCAGCCAGUUGUAGCUACUGCUCGUACUACUCGUACCACUGCUGCUACCACUACAGAGGAUACAGCAACUGCUUGGCAUCAAAAUAUUCUGUCUUACUAUUUAAAGGUUUAUCAGCCAAAUGAUAUAUUUAACAUGAAGGAGACAGGAUUGUUUUAUCAGAUGUUACCUAGUGCUACUUUUACAUUUAAAGGAGAAACAUGCUCCCUGGGAAAAUUAGGCAAAGAAAAAAUAACUGUAGUGGUUGGCGUAAAUAUGGAUGCUUCAGAAAAACUUCCGUUGCUUGUUAUAGGAAAGAACAAAACUCCCUGCUGCUUUCAGGGUGUCACAUCACUGCCUGUGGAAUAUCAGUCAACUACUAUGGCACAGAUGACUUCAGAGCUGUUUGAUCAGUGGGUGAGCAAACUUGACAAGAGAUUUCAAAUACAGAAGCGUCACAUCAUUAUUUUUGUGGACUCUUUCCCUUUUCACCCAGAGGUAAGGAAUUUGAAGUCUAUCAGACUUGUAUCCUUCCCUUCUUGCUCACCCUCCAGAUUUACAGCUGUGAAACAAAAUAUCACCAAGAGUCUGAAAGUAAAAUACCGGUGCCUUCUUCUCAAGAGAUUUGUAGACUGUGUUGAAAGUGGUAAGGAAUUCACGCUGACUUUGCUUGAUGCCGUUGACAUGUUAUACCUAUGUUGGAGGGCUGUAUCUCCAGGGACAGUUGUUGAAAGCCAUAGCAAAGAAGGGUUUAGAUCACAAACUGGGGAAAACAUUGAUGAGGACACAGAAACGGAAAUUAAUUUUGAUUUGGCUGCAUAUGCAUCGGCAGCAGGAGUUGAGUUUCCAAAAGGCUUGUCUUUGGAGGAAUAUGUAGCUUUCAAUGAUGACUUGAUAAAUUGUGAAAUGCCUCCUAACACUGAAAUAUCACAGGCUAAAAAAGGUACUUCAGGUAGAACUUAUGAGAAAGAUGAAGGUGAUGACUUUCCAGGAUGUAAACACCCUUUGCCAUCAAAGAAGGAGGCCCUUACUGCUUUGGAUACUCUUCGAAGAUUUCUUAGACAUCAAGAUUUGAAGGAAUCUCUUCAUACUUCCUUCACGGUUCUGGAGGACUUUAUUCAUCUUGCAGCAUCUAAAUAAGUACUUUAAUGAAAACUACUAAUUGCUUAGUUCGUUUUAAAAAUAACUCUAUCAUAUAUAUCCUAUAAAAUUUGAGGCCUAUUAUGCUAAACCCGACCUAUGAGCCAUUUAUGGUGGAUUUUGCUGCCUCCAUGGGACUGCAAAAACCCGGAGAGCUGUCAAAUGCCCACCACAUGGCUGGUGGAUUGUGUCUGCCUUGGCAGGUCACAAACUGGACAGGCCCAAUGAACAAUGCAAGAUUUUGUGAAUUGUGUUGCAAUGGUGCUACCCUGAUCCAUAAUUCUGUCUAUGCUCUCAGGUUACAAUUGUAUUCGUCUCACCCCAGAAGAAUUCAGAGUAGCAUUUGAGGCUCACAGCAACCCUGUAAGGUAGAUUAUGGCAAGAGAUCGAGAUGUAUCUUUGUAAGCGCUGCUGUAUAACAACUAGUUUACGUUAAUGCAAGUUAUCCUAAAAUAGUAGUUUUUCUUUCUGCAUUUAUUAUUAUGAUUAGAUAUUUAUUUAUACCCCGUCUUUCCCCUUGAUGGGACUCAAAGCAACUUACAGAUGCAGUGGUACCUCGGUUUAAGAACAGCCCUGUUUAUGAACUAUUUGGUUUACGAACUCCGCAAAACCAGAAGUAGUGUCCCAGUUUGCGAACUUUACCUCAGUCUAAGAAUGGAAUCCGAAUGGUGGAAGGGCACCAGCGGCAGGAGGCCUCAUUAGGGAAAGCGCGCCUUGGUUUAAGAACGGUUUCGGUUUAAGAACCGACUUCUGGAACGGAUUUGUAAACCGAGGUACCAGUGUAUACUGUUUUGUUACUGCUUGCUGUUUCUUUAGCUGAAGAUGCUUCCCCACCUCUUCCAGUCAGUAGCCCUUCAGUGGAAUCUUGGCAUAUUGCUUUGACAAGCGACUCCCCACCAUCUAACACAUCUAAUAUUAUACCCCUAAAGAGAUCACAUUGCAAAACUAACUGUGAGAUGCAUAGCAGCAAAGUGGGUCAGGUUUGACAUGGAUGUAAAAUGUGACUUGAGCUGCCAGCAUGAAGUACUUUACGCAAAGCGUGUUAAGAAAACACUAAAAUAAAUGAAAUAUUUAAGACUAGAAUGUACUUAGAACAUUUCACUGGCUCUGUUUCACAUGAUGCAGACUAAAUAAGUUAUUUUGUUAUGAAUUAAAUCAAGUAAUAUUAACAGAUAACAAUAUAUACCCACAUGCUCAAGCCUUUAUAGCAGCUCAAUAUAUUAGGAAGAUGUUAAGACCCAGAGGAUUCAGACUGGGACCAAGCAGACAGCCUUGACACACCUGAAUAACCUGUUUAGCAGUCCAACUCACCUUGUCAUUCAGACACCUCACUGGGGGCAGGGGGGCUUUAAUCAGUUUCUGCACCCCUUUACAGAUCCAGGCUUCCACCACUUCCUAUCCUAACCUAUCUCCCUAAAGCUGAGGAAGAAACAGAACUGGCGAAGAACCAGAGGUCUGCUUAGAAAAUGUAUACUUAAGUGGGCAACUGGUGCAUCUUGGCACCCAGUUGGUGAUCUGAAAGAGAAUGGCCUGGCUUUCCUAGCAUCAAACAGCUCAGUGUGUGCCUGAUCUUUGCCCUGCUUUUUUGUUCAUUCUUGCACUGGCUCCUGACUGGAUCUCCCUUUGCUUUGUGCCAGAAUUCUGCCUGCACUUUGGUCUCUGUGCCUGGUUGGACUCCAGUAAGAUGAGCUGAUCUCAGACAGAAGCAAAAAACGAUCCAAAUAACUGGUGGUGUCAACUAAGUUUUAUUAAAAGUAGACCCACUGAAAUUAAUGAACGCGACCAAGUUAGAUCUGUGAAUUUUAGUGCGUCUACUCCGAGGAGCAUACCACCCAAAAUAUCAGCUAAAUAUUUUCUGAGGUGUUCUGGAUACAUACAAAAAACCUUUCCUACACAGCCUGAAAUUUCCAGAUGCUUCAGACUAUAACUCCCAUGACCUCCAGCCAUCAUGGGUAACAGAUGGGAAUAAUGGGAGUUGCAAUCUGACUGCCUUAAGGAAACCCAUUUGGCUCACUCUGACUUUAAAACUCUACUUCUUUGCUCCUGCUGGCAAAUUACAGUGCCUUACAUAAAAGUGUGUGUGCGUUCGUGUGCGCACACACACACACACACACACAAGAUUCUGACUACUAUUCUUACCACUACAGCACAUGAUGGUGAUCUCAUGAUAUAAUUUCAUCAGUACUAUUUAUGGCAGUAUUCUAAAACGUGUAUCCCAGUACUACAGAAC